GGAAAAUGGGAUCAUGUGACAUUAGACAUCAACAACAACAACAGGAAGCAGCUGACCGAUCGAUAAGUAGUAUUUUAAGAGAGACGGAGAACAUGAAUUGAUAAGUUUGCUGCUUUUUGUCGCCACGCGACGGUAAAGAAGGAGGAUGAGCAUCAACGGCAGCGCGCACAAAGUCCGCCGCAGUGGCGACUCUGUCUCCGGCCGGGAUUCAGAAUCAGGCGAGACAACACCUUUGUUAGGAAAUGGAUCGGUGCAAAGUCGAUCUACGGGAGCAUCUUUCACCUCCUCUGUGUUUAACCUGAUGAAUGCAAUUAUGGGCAGCGGAAUUCUGGGUCUGGCUUAUGCCAUGGCCAACACAGGAAUUGUCAGCUUCUGCCUUCUGUUGAUGUUGGUGGCCAGUCUGGCGGCAUAUUCCAUCCACCUCCUUCUGAAACUGUGUGACUAUACAGGUGUCAACUCCUAUGAAGAUCUAGGAGAUAGAGCUUUGAAAAAAACAGGCCAAGUUCUUGUUGGAGUUACUAUUAUCGUCCAAAACAUUGGUGCCAUGUCGUCCUAUUUGUUCAUCUUGAAGUCGGAGCUUCCUGCCGCCAUCAGAAGCUUCCUGAGCCCCGGAGAAGCAGGAACUGCUUGGUAUGACGAUGGACGGUUGCUUCUGGUCUUAAUUGCAGUUUGCAUCAUCCUUCCUUUAGCAAUGCUGCCCAAGAUCGGCUUCCUUGGCUACACCAGCAGUCUCUCAUUUUUCUUCAUGCUUUACUUUGCAAUUGUGGUUGUGGUAAAGAAAUGGUCUAUUCCCUGUCCUCUUCCUCAUAACACUACUACCCUUUACCAGACUUCCAAGAUCUCAAAUGACUCAGAGAGUGAAUGCACACCAAAGCUCUUUGUCGUCUCCAUUAAGAGUGCCUACGCCAUCCCCACCAUGGCCUUCUCCUUUCUGUGCCACACGGCUGUCCUGCCCAUCUACUGCGAGCUGGAACGGCCCACCAAGGCCCGGAUGCAGAAGGUGGCAAACAUCGGCAUAGCCCUCAGCUUCUUCCUGUACUUCAUUUCCUCUCUUUUUGGCUACCUCACUUUCUACAGCCACGUGGGCACCGAGCUGUUGUUCGCCUACAACUCCUACUUGCCUCGGGACAUCAUGGUGAUGACGGUUCGGCUGGCCAUCCUCAUCUCUGUCCUGCUGACUGUACCACUUAUUCACUUCCCUGCUCGUAAGGCGGUGAUUUCGCUGCUGUAUGGAGAACGGGAGAUCUCCUGGCUCAUCCACAUCAUCUUAACGGUCAUCCUCCUCAGCGUGGUGCUGAUGAUGGCCAUUUUUGUGCCGGACAUCAGCAGCGUGUUCGGAGUUGUUGGAUCGACCACGUCCAGCUGUCUGCUGUUUGUUUUUCCAGGGAUCUUCUACCUUAAGAUCAGCAACCAACCUCUGAGAUCGGUGGACUCAGUUGGGGCCAUUCUUCUUGUGAUCUUUGGCUUCAUCAUGGGCACUGUCAGUCUAUCUGUCAUCAUCGUCACAUUGGUGAAAACCCUAUAAGACACUCAGGUUCAAAUCAAGGGAAACCAAAGAAGGGAAACCUAUUUUAGAAAUCGUACUUGGUGAUUUUAGAUGAUAUCAAAGAAACUGUUUUAACUUUGUGUACAUUUAAAUAAGUAUUGUGACGCUCUUUGUGGAUGAUCCUGCACUAUUUUAUAAGUUUUGUAAGCCAAGCAACUAACCUUUUAAUGUGUGAUUGCAAUUAUAAAUGUUUACAUACAUGUUUACACUUUAAUUUAUGCACAAAAAAUGUAAUGAUUAUUGUGAUUAUUUUUUUAUUUUUCCAGUCAUUUUUUAAACUCUAUUUGUGGUCAUAUAACUUCAGGGAAUUUCCUCUGUCAUGUAUUCCAUAAAAGGUUGUGGAAAUAGAAUGAUUAGAUUUUUUUUUGGCAGAAUUUGUCAAGUCACUUGCAGCUUUCUGGAUAAAAAAAAUCAAUUCUCACUCACAAAAUUCAAGAAUAAGUCAUAACAUGUGUUUUUUUUUUUUUUUUGUUACUGCAAAGGGAAAUUUCUUUGUUGUCUUUACUUUUAUUGUGAACAUAAACAAUUUUAAUAAUGGAAGCAACUCCUUUUUAGAUGUUUAUCAUAAUAUUUAUGGUAAAAUUCAUUUUUUUUUACCAAGUAAAAUUGUUUUUGGAAUGGAAUUGUGAAAAGCAAAUCAAUACUCAAUGCAACAAAUUAUAAAAUGGUACACAAAAAAAUUA